GAACUCCGUGAGGAGCCAGGUCGAUUCACCCUUGGCUUUCAACAGUUUGUCGACAGUGGCGAAAAACCGCCGGAAGCACAUGUCUUGGAUCCACAAGAACCAGCAGGCCGACCUACCCAGAUCGGUAAAAGGUACCAGAAACACACAGCCUGUGUUCUCGCAGCUUCAUGCGCAGUUCGCAACAGACAGAGUGCGCCAGCAAGCAAUACAAGAGUUUGACAACACUCUUGUAGAAGGGACGACAGAAACUAUUUGGACGCGCAUGGUGCAGCAUGGAAUGUUUGAGCGGAUAUCCUUGCUCAUGAUCUACUUGAACGCAUUGUGGCUGGCUAUUGACAUUGAAUACAACGAUGCAGACGUGGUUUGGCAAGCAGAGCCCCUCUUCAUCGCAGUGGAAGUCGUGUUCGUGUUCUACUUCGUGGGAGAGGCUGUUGUCAGAUACAUGUCAUAUUCAGCAUCUUGGAAAGCUGUCCGAGACCCCUGGUUCAUUUUCGACAUGUUACUGGUGGUGAUGAUGCUAUUGGAAACAUGGAUUGUCCCCAUGUUCUUGCUCGUGCUCCCGGAGAGUGAUGAUUCUGGCGGAAGCUUGGGCAGGACGGUCUCCGUCCUGAGGGUGGCGCGCGUGCUGAGAGUAUUGCGGACGGCGCGAAUCGUGCGCGUAGCACGGUACAUGCCAGAGCUCCUGAUCUUGAUAAAAGGGCUCAUGGUGGCAGCCCGUUCGGUGUUCUUUACAUUGGUUUUGCUGCUCCUGAUCACUUACGUCUUCAGCAUAGCGUUUACGCGGCUCAGCGAGGGCACCGGCUUGGAGGAGCAUUUUCCAUCUAUGCCUUCAGCUCUGUUGACCCUCGUCGUAAAGAGUGUCAUGCCGGACCGGGAGAUCUUCUUCAGAGAAGUAGCGAGCCAGAGUUGGUUUAUGGGGGCUUUGGUGCUAAUAUUCAUAUUGAUCGGAUCCCUCAUCGUCCUGAACAUGCUGGUGGGAAUUCUUGUAGAAGCCGUUCAGACUGUCGCUACGAUGGAACACGAGCAAAUCCGAGUGGACCUUGCAAAGAACGUGUUAUGGCAGUUGAUUGCCAAGACUUCGGCGGAUCAAAACAAAGAUAACAAGAUCUCUGAAGAAGAGUUCUUGAAGCUGAUUGAACGAGACGAUGCGAGUGAGGCCUUAUUGAUGCUCGGCGUGGACAUGUACGCUGCAAAGGAGUACAGCAAGUUGCUUUUUGAGGAUGGUGAGCCCUUGACCUUUGGGGAGUUUAUGGAUGCCAUGCUCACACUCCGGGGGUCCAACCAGACCACCGUCAAGGACAUUGUUAACCUGCGGAAGUUCACAGCAGACGAGUUUUCGCAACUCCAUGCGGUUCUGCUGGAUGUGUGCCGGUUUCUGGCAGGCCAGGGCAUGUCCGAGAAGCUGGCUCAGGAUUUAUCUCAUGAAAUGGCCUCCCUGCAAAAGGAAUGA